AUGGCGUCAUUUCUCGACAGAGUCAGCCUAGACCUGAUCGGACCACGCAUGUUCAAAGGCAACACCCACUACAUACUUGUGAUUAUAGAUACAGCAACACGGUUCCUAGUAACCCGAGUGAUCCAAAGCAAAGAAGCGCAGGUGAUAACUGACGCCUUUGCACAAGGAUUCGUUGCGUACUUCGGUGUGCCGCGGCAGGUCUACGUAGACAACGGCAGUGAGUUCGAAGGCGCGUUUGCAGCGUUCAUAACAAAAGUAUUACGGGUGGACAUCGUAAAGUCACCACCAUACGUGCCAAGGAGCAACGGCAUAAACGAAAGCAGUCACAAAGCCCUCGAGAGCCAAAUCGCGAAAAUCAACGCGGACUCCCCAAAUGACAGCUACGAACUGCUAGUUGCCCUAGCAACGUACACGCACAACGCGACCCCGCACGCCGCUACAGGCUUAGCGCCGAUGACGCCGUAA